AAAUCUGGUUUGCUCUGGCGGCUUCUCUUACCGUGUUUAUGACGUCAUUCAACGGGGUGCACGCUCAGUCGAUCACGGACGUUGAACGUUUAUUCAGUAACUUAAUGGUGGGUUACAGCAAAAUGUUCAGGCCUGUGUUGAAUCAGUCGAAACAGGUCAUAGUAGUACCUGGGUUGGAUAUCGUCUCUAUUCAAGAUUUUAACGAAGUCGAAGAGAAAAUAUCAUUUACUGCGCUAUUGUAUCUCGCAUGGAAUGAUGAGCGACUGGUUUGGGACCCGAAGGACUACGGCGGUAUUGAUAAUCUCUAUAUUGACGUCAGCAAGAUUUGGGCUCCGCAAUUGAUGCUUACGAAUGUUGUUAAUAAAAAUGAACGUUUGUCUGAGGACUGGCAUACAGUGAGAGUCAAUGCGUCAGGGUGGUGCUUGUAUGUUAUAGCCAACGUGUUUACAUCAUCGUGCGACGUCGACGUCACUUUCUAUCCCUGGGAUACGCAAACAUGCAGCCUUGACUUCAUGCCGGCAAACUACGGUGUCGAUAAGAUGAUUCUAUAUCCAAUAUAUCACAAAGUUCAAUUGACCUACUACUCGCCUAAUGGCGCCUGGGAUCUCAUGGACACAAGCGUUACAUCAGAGCUUUACAGCUUCAUGGUUAGGUUCAAUGUCGUGUUAGAGAGAAAGCCCCGAUUUGCGAUAGUGAAUGUGAUACUUCCAUUGAUAAUUAUGUCCGCGCUGAAUAUCCUGGUCUUUCUGAUCCCUACAGAGUGCGGGGAGCGCAUCUCCUUUUGCCUUACGGUGCUGCUGUCUAUUGCGGUUUUCCUGACGCUUGUUGGAGACAACCUUCCGAAAAACUCGAAUCCGAUGUCGCUGUUCAGCUACUAUCUGGUGUCGGUGCUCGCCAUCAGCGCCGCCAUCACACUUUCCGUCAUAUGCAGCUUGCACGUGUACCACAGAAGUGAAAAGCAACAGCCGGGAGGCGCGUGGAGGGCCAUCGCUAUGUGUUUAGAGUGCUACUAUGUUCGGCGGACCGGGUCAGAGAGUGCGGAUAGGACUAAUCGCAGUGACAAAAUCAAGUUUGCUCGGCCAGAAAACGCUUCCCAUAGAUCUUCCCACGGCAUGCAUUCAAUCCCGUAUUCGAGCCACACUAAUCGUGGUGUAAUACUGUACCGACCUACACAUAGUUACGGGACUCUGCCUUCAGAUCGUCCCGAGGACAAACCCCUUCAGAAGAAAGAAACGGACGACAGUGAUAGCUCAGUCUUGGAAAUCACAUGGGCAGAAGUGAGCAUUGCCUUGGAUAAAGUAUUUUUCCUGUUUUUCAUUCUUCUUUUAAUAACAGACACGCUGUGCUUUUUGAUAAUCAUUUAUCACAAUGUAAGUCUAUGAAAGAGUUAUGCAAAACAUAUGGGUCGUGCGUUGUGAAAGGAGGUUUAAUGCAUGUACCUUAA